AUGCAUUCCAAUCUUCUGCCAACGCUGAAAAACAGCCACGAUGCCCAGAGUGGCAUCCAGGCACCGGAGCUGUUCAAAGCACCACUGUGCGACUUGCAAACGGACAUGCGCAAAGCCGGGAAUACUGCCACUGGUGCUGUGGCCGGUGGUUUGCAGCUGCUCUUGAGGCAGCAUGCACGUCCGCUUGAUGCCGAUGCCGACCUCGAUCGGGGCAUCGGGUAUGCCUCCGCUUUGUUGGUCCAGCGACCGGACGAGCUUCUGGGUCGAUGGAACGACAAAAGCGAGGGUAUCGACAAGGCAGUUCUCCGGAGCUCUUCCACUCCUGGUGAGGUGGAGACCUCAGGGUCCAUCGAUCCUCAAGCGAUCCUUGAACGUCUGGAAGAGCACCGGUUGGCUGAUGUGUCCGAAGCAGCUGCCCAAGACGGGGAGCCCGAAGCGAUGCUCUUCUCUUUGCAGGACAUGAAGGAGGAGCUCGAUGCGUUUCGCUGGAUCACAGCCGAGGUUGUCGCCCGCCGGAUUGAGCUUGAAGCAUUGGAGCAGGAAAAUCAAGCUUUUCGAGAGGAGCAGGCAAGUCUUCGUCAAAGGUAUGAAGACAUGAUGGAGGAGGCAGAGUUGGACGUGCGAGAAGAUGGCGCAGCAAGUUGA